GGCAAUGCCGGUGGAGUAACCAUAACAAACGUCAGCUCUAGUUUUGUUAUCUGAAAGGUGUUAUUUAUUAUUGUCUUUAUAAAUUUUCACUAUGUCUGGGGAAUCAAUAAAAAAUAAUGUUUCGAAACCCCGAAAAGUAGCUCUUAUAACAGGCAUAACAGGGCAGGAUGGUUCUUAUCUGGCAGAAUUUUUAAUCGACAAAGGUUAUGAAGUACAUGGGAUUAUUAGGAGAUCAAGCUCUUUUAAUACUGGACGCAUUCAGCAUUUAUAUGGAAAUCCUUUGACACAUAGAGAAGGCUCCAUGCAUUUGCACUAUGGUGAUCUAACUGACAGUUCCUGUUUAGUUAAACUAAUUAGUCAAGUCAUGCCUACAGAAAUCUAUAAUUUAGGUGCCCAGAGUCACGUUAAGAUAUCUUUUGACUUGAGUGAGUAUACAGCGAAUGUGGAUGCAUUAGGAACUCUCCGAAUGCUGGAUGCAAUUCGUACUUGUAAACUGGAAAAAGAUGUCAAGUUCUACCAGGCAUCCACCAGUGAGAUGUACGGCAAAGUUCAAGAAGUACCUCAAACAGAGACAACACCUUUCUACCCUAGAUCACCCUAUGGUGUAGCUAAGUUGUAUGCUUACUGGAUUGUUGUAAAUUACAGGGAAGCAUAUAAUAUGUUUGCUGUUAACGGCAUACUAUUCAAUCAUGAGAGCCCAAGAAGAGGGGAAACGUUUGUGACAAGAAAAAUAACUCGGAGUGUGGCUAAGAUAUUCUUACAGCAGCAAGAUUAUUUUGAGUUGGGUAAUUUGGACUCACUCAGGGAUUGGGGUCAUGCUAGAGACUACAUUGAAGGUAUGUGGAUGAUGUUACAACAAGACCAACCUGAAGACUUUGUAAUAGCCACUGGUGAAGCGCAUAGUGUGAAGGAAUUUGUGGAGGUAGCCUUUAAGCAUGUAGGAAAAGAAAUUGUAUGGGAAGGUGAAGGCCUUGAAGAAGUGGGAAAAGAAAAAGAAAGUGGCGUCGUGCGUGUUCGAGUGAAUGCUAGAUACUUUAGACCUACUGAAGUGGAUUACUUGUUAGGAGAUGCCUCAAAAGCAAAGCAGAAAAUUGGAUGGAAGCCUAGGAUAAGUUUUGAGCAACUGGUUCAUGAAAUGUUGGAUUCAGAUAUAGAGUUGAUGAAAAAGAAUCCAGCUGCAUGAUCAAAAGUAUUCUCUUUUUUUCCUAAAAGGUUGUGUUUAGUGGUGCUUUUCAACAUUCCGGUGCCUUGAAAUACAUAUGUAAAAAGACAUGAGGUUGUCCUCCAAAUAUAUAUAAAACUUCAUAUAGUGCCAUGCACCUAUGCAUAAAUGGGUCUAUAUUUGUCAUUGUUAAAUUUUGAAGGAAAAAAAAAGUUUGAAUUGAAAAGUCAUUAUUAAUUUUUAACAUUUUCAUUAUAAAGAGACUAAAAUAUGAAUCACAGCAAGGCAUUCCCUAAUCUCAACCCUAAAUAUGUAUUUUUUGAAAACUUGUCGAAAGUGAACUCAAAGUAUUAUCUGCGUCUCGGGUUGUAAAUUAUUAUUUAAUCGAGAGAAAUGGUGAUACUGCUGGGACUUAUUGAAUCGCUAGUGAAGAGGACAGGAAGAAAAACCAAAACUACUUUGAUUUCCAGGUGAUACUUUAAUAAUAAAUCUAGUGUUUUUAACAAUCACCUUUUAAUAUUUGUUUCUACAGAUGAAGAUACAAACAGGUUUUGAUGUUUUCAAUCCUUCCUUCCUCAUGAGUGAUUUUUAGAUUUUGAUAUAAUUUUUAUUUAUUUGUCAUUUAAAUUAUAAUUUUAAGCUCUGAAUGCAUAUAUUUUUGACUUGAUUUUUGACAAUGCUUCUAAAAAUAUCUAUUUAGGGUGGUCAUUACAGAGCACCCUGUGUUAGUUGUUUGAUCCAAUAGAUCUAAGUCUAAAAAAUUUUUUGAGCUCAGUGUUUUCUUUUAAUUACCUAUAUUUGAGUUUUUAAAAAAAUAUAAUAUCUAUUAUUUUUAUGCAAGAUUAUAAAUAUGCAUAUUGGUGGAAAAAUGUAUCACAUUUUGUAUGCGCAUUACCUGGUAUUGCUCCAUUUAGGAGAUAUGCAGACACAAUUGAAUUUCAUUUGUCACGACUAAUUCUGAUAAUGGAGCUUUUUUUCUACUUAUUUUUUGUAUAAAUUUCACAAAGUUGUGUGUAAAACUAUUCAUGUUUUUAUUUUUUAUUUUUAUGUAUUGCAAUUCAACAUCUGCAAUUUUGUGAAUCUUUAGAGUAGAAGUUUUUUUAUUUUUGUUCUGGCAAAUUUUUUUAUUUGUUUCCAUAUUAACUAAUGAAAUUUCUACAUUAACUGACGGAAUAUCAAUAUUUCAUGAAAUUAGUAAACUAUUUCUACUGUAGUGUCUCAACUAACAGAAAAUACAAUGCGUAGUAUGCGAGUUCAAUAAAUUCAUUUCAAAACUUGAACAAACCUUUUUAAAUGAAUUAUAUAGUCUCAAUGGAAAAGAAAUAGUCUCAAAUUUGGAAAAAUCUGAGAAAAACAAUUGUAAUAAAUCGUGCUUCGCUCGACCCGAGUCUCGAAUUACGGCUCAAGACAUUUUUAAUAAUAUCUGCUCUGACCUCUGUUUUGUUAAAAUGUGAUGUUACCCUAUAAGACUUUUAUGAUUCUGAAAUAUCACGUCGAAACGUUUCUGCAUGGAAUCGAUUGUAUAAUUUGUUAUGUAUUAUAAUUUUAUUACUGAACUUAAAUUAUUAUUAAUGUUUGCUAAUUUAUUGCUUUCAUGUUUUCUUUUCUCGCUUUAUUGGUUGUUUCUAUUAAUGGUUUACCUCUUUUAGAGCUUCAAAUUUUAUUUAUUUAGAGUGAUUCUGCAAAUAAGGUUAAGUUUGUUGGAAUUAUUUUUGAAAAUUUUAUUUUAUGUGGCCAGUUGAAAGGAAAGUUGUUCUAUUUGAAACUGUAAAAAGAAAAUAUACUGAAAGGAGGGCAUCCAUUGAACAAAUAUCGUAAAUUAAAUCGUAAAAUUUCAAGAACAAAUAUCGUAAAAUUUUUUAAGAACAAAUUACUUCUUUUUGAUGCAUCUCUAUCUUUUUAAAACACUUUUAAGCAAUGUGAGACAGAAAAAGAAAAAGAAUUAAAUAGUAGUUAAUAAUAAAAGAUGAUGACUAGAGCUUUGAGUGAAUCAUUUAUCUUCAUUUUUCAUGAUAUGCAUUAUUAUACUAAUGAGCUAUUUGUUAGACCUUUGUUUGUUAAUUAAAUGUGGUUUAUUCCAUUGUA